AACAAUGGAUCUUGCUGGCUCCUGUGAUGUGGUCAUCGAAGAAAUCAAUAGUAAUGAUGUCCCCGAAGAAGAAUUAUCCCAAUUCCAGGAGACAGAACCAUUAAAAGUCCUUCAACUUAUUUCAGAUGAUGACGACGACGAAGAUGAGGGCAAUCUAAUACAGAAAUUUGUUCAUGGCGAAGCGGAUUUUCCCGAUUUCUAUACCAAACUGGAACCCCAUGAACAGCCCGAUGAUGAAGAUGAUGGCGAGGAAGAGGAGGACGAUACCGAUAUUAUGGGGACAAAUGAUAUACCAAGUACCAGUCGUCGGGCACGAUGUACCAGUUCCACCAGCACCAGUGGUGGGGUACGCAAACGUUCGCUGCUCAAUGUAGCGCUGCAGGGUUUAAUGGGUGAGGCAAAUUUAUGUUUUGCCCGUGGACAAAUACAAAUGGCGGAAAAAAUUUGUUUGGAAAUUAUAAGACAAAAUCCUUUGGCUCCCGAGCCGUUCUUUACAUUGGCCGAAAUCUACGAGUCUCGAGAUACAGAGAAAUUUUUAAAUUUCCUCACAAUUGCUGUACAUUUAAAUCCCAGUGAUCGCUAUCAAUGGAUACGCAUUGCAGAAAUGCAUAUCGCUCAAGGUAAUUUGCAAAGGGCUCGCAUCUAUUAUACCCGUGCCAUUAAGGUUCAUCCGCGUGAUUAUGAUUUACGUUUGCGCAAGGCACGUCUAUUGGAUAUGAUGGGUGAGAAGACAGCUGCCCUGUUUACCUAUUUGAAAAUGAUACAACAUUGUCCGGUGGAUCGCCAUGAAUUGUGUCUGGUCACCGCAAAGAAUGUGGCUAAGCAUUUCCAUGGUUGUAACAAAUAUCAUUUGGCUUUGGAGGCCAUGCAAAGUGCCUACACUGUGUGUGGUCAUCUAUUCAGUUUGGAAGAUUUGAAUCUGUACAUGGAAUUGUGCAUUAUUAAUAAACAGUAUUUCAAGGUGCUGCAAUGCCUGCGAGAGAGAACAAAUUUGGAAUUGGAAACUGAGAAGGAAGAGCAAUUAGAUUUGGUGUUCUAUUGUGUUAUACCCGAUGAUUAUGUACCCGAUUUUAGAGUUAAGCUAUGUGUGGCUCUGAUAAAUUUGAAGGCCCAUCACUUGUUGGGUUACCUGAUACAGAAUAUACACGAACACAUACCACCACUGGAAACGGAUAGGCUGAAUUUGUAUUGUGAUAUUGCUGAGGCCCUCAUGCAAGAACAUAAAUAUGCCGAAGCAAUAUCAUUACUGCGUCCCAUAACAGAUGGCGAUAUCAUUGAUUGUCCUGCUUUUAUUUGGCUCAAGCAGGCUGAGUGCUUGAGGCACUUGAAUCGUUGCAAUGAGGCCAUUGAAAGUUAUACUAAAGUGGUGGAAUAUGCUCCAUACUGUUAUGAGGCCAAAUUCACACUGUCCGCCUUGUUGAAACAACAAGGUAGACAUGUAGAAGCUGUCAAGGCCUUGGAACAAUCUGGGGAGCAUGAAGGCCAGCCCCUGCAUGCUCGCUUACUUUACGAACGAUGCAUAAUGUUACAGCAAAUCAAUGAAAUUGAUGAAUUCUUGGAAAUUGGUUGUGUGCUAUUGGGACGCCAAUCAAUCAAGCUACGUAAUCGUGAAGAGAUGCAAGCCGCCGCUAAUGGUGGAUCAUUUUACAACUCGGAAGGUCUAAAAGUUAUUCUACAAAUGCGUAACAUAAUUGGCGAUGAAGCUGAUAAAGCAUUGGAGGUGUCAAAAAGUUCAUCAUCGAAUAAUGCCACUGAUGAUCUAUCAGUCCAUGACGAAUAUCAGUUAUUUUUGGAACUAAUGCGUAUUGGGUAUCUGCACAAAAACUAUAGCAUACUGGAGAGAAUGUGUUUUGCCAUGGUCACAACAAAACGUUUUGUUGGCUAUCAUGUUGAAUUGGAACGCAUUAUUAUAUUGGCUUGCUAUUUCAAUAAUGACUGUUCUAUUGCAUUCUCCUAUCUAAGAGAGUUGAUACACAAAAAUGCCAGUUCCAAACCAUUGUGGAAUCUCAUGUGUCUGCUAAUCCAAAAAGGACAAGAUUUACGUUAUCAUCGUUAUAUGAAUCGUUUGAUACCACGCCAGCCACAAGCCAAAGGUAUGCGCAUCUUAACCGGUCAUUAUCAUUUGCAUUGUAGCUCCUAUAAGUAUGCUUUAAAUGUUUAUGUGCCAAUGUAUAAGGAACAACCGACCCCAAUAUUGGCCCUCUGUAUUGCGGUGAUAUUUCAACAAAUCUCAAUGCAAAAGAAAGUUUUACGUAAAUGUGCUGCCGUCACACAGGCCAUGGUCUUUGCUCAUAAAUAUGCCGAAAUGAGAUGUAAACCUUUUGCCAUAUCACCCAAUAACGUCGAUGCUUCAAUGGAGAAUUCGGUAACAUAUCAAGAAGUUAAUUAUAAUAUUGGUCGUAUCUAUCAUCAAUGUGGCCUGUUUCAUUUGGCCGUGGAAUACUAUGAGAAGGCAUUGAAUUUCACCCACCCAUUGUUGGAGAAACACCCAGAGAUUUUAAGUUUAAAACAAGAAAUUGCUUUUAAUUUACAUCUUAUAUAUCGUUCGAGUGGAAAUAUGGCUAAAGCUCGUCAAUAUCUUUAUGAGUAUUGUGUGGUUUGA